CCUAAUUGCGGGAGUUGAUGAACCUUAGUUUGAGCUGUAAGUAGGCCUAGGUGAAAUAGGGGACUAGGGUCACAGAUUUUUCAAGGUCCUAAGCUUUUUAAAACAUACAUUAUGCAUUUAUGCUUAUCAUAUAUUGAUAAUUGUUGCAUGGAGCAUCACCCAGGGGUGGGGGAGAAAAACCUAACCAAAACCAGACAACUGGUAAAGGAACUGGAGGCAAGAGAAGGGGAAAUUCAAGGGAUACAACAGAAAGCAGACCAGAAACUGUUGGAGACAAAGAAGUUGACUUCUCAGUACCAGAAAGAGGCAGAAAAGUGCACUUCUGGAAUGGAAACCUGCGAGGAGGCGAGGGAGAAAGCCGAAGCGGCUCUGGAGGCGCAGCGAGGGGUUAGCUCGAUGUGGGAGCUUAGGGCUCGCCAUCAAGGCUGGAAAGAUAAAAUCUUUGAUAACUAACCUUCAAAGCGUCCAAACGGCUCUUCAAGGUGAUGAUCACGAAGCAGCAACCAUGGCUGCCUUCUGAUUCAUUUGCUUGAACCUGUAAUCAAUCACAGGGGUUUGU